AUGUGGUUCAAUUCCCGUGCUCGAACAGGCCUCCUCUCCCCCGCGACGAGCUUCCUCCUGCGACUGCGACAAGCGACGAGCGACGGGCGAAGAGCUUCUCCUCCGGCGACCUGCGACGAGCGACGAGCUUCUCCUCCUCCGACCUGCGACGAGCGUCUCCUGCGACGAGCGUCUCCUCUGCGACGAGCGCCUCCUCUGCGAGCGAGAGAAUUCCAUCGUCUUCUCGGGCGCCUGUCUCGACAGCCGCUGCUCCUUCACCAGAUUGAGACGUCUGAGGAACUUGAAAAGGUCUCUACUGCUGAUGAACGCCAAUCUUUCAUUACAAAGCUUGAUGAGGUGCAAGAAUGGCUUUACAUGGAUGGUGAAGAUGUUACGGCGGCAGAGUUUCAAGAGCGUCUGAAUUUGCUAAAAGCAAUUGGUGAUCCAAUUUUUUUCAGAUUGAAAGAACUUACAGAACGGCCAGCGGCAGUUGGGCAUGCUCAAAGUUACCUGGAUCAACUGCAAAAGGUGAACAAUACUGGCGUUGGUGGAUCCAUUAUCGACGCUGAUGCUUUGAGAACUUCGGUGGAUCCAUGCAAAGUUUCGCCUUGCCGGUGCCAAUCCACGAAGACAUAUUCUUUUGUAAUUUUGUUUUUAAGUAUUCACUUAUCAAAUCCAAUGUGAUGAAGUUGAACAAUGAACUAUAUUACUUCAUUAUUGUGAUGUUAUGUAUGAAAGGGUCUAUGUAGAGAUCUAAUGAGGUAUUCUUCUUUUAGGUAGCUUUUAUUGUACAAAUUUUACUUACGAAAUUUUGUUCCAAGUAUGCACAUGACCAUGUUCAGAAUGUUUGUCUU